CUAUCUUCUAGCUUCACCAUCAUGCCCACGAGUCGUGAUAAGGUCGACGAGACCCACCGGUCCGGCCUACUCGAGCAACGCCGGCGGCGACCUGGCUACCGACGGCUUCCACGCCCGAGCAAUGUUCCGACGGCGAGAGGAAUGGCACCCCGAUCUUAUCGAGCGUCAAUCAUCGAGCCUGUCCACCAAACCUGAUGGGUAAUCGUGGUGACAGCAUCGUGGAAUACAACAAUACCCAAUCGUCUGAGUGGGGGUUCCAGGCGUGAUGGUGACAAUUGGCCUGCAUGAGCUGACACAUGGGAGACAGGGAUCUCCGCGAUACUCUUCUUCUCCAUAUCUACCAGCGGCACAGCUUCAACUCAGUCAGCGAGCCCGUAGGCAGGUCGCUAAAUCCCCGAGGAAGCAAGCAGCCAUGGCUAUAUCUUGGCAUAUCACGUAUUGCCGUCAAGUUUGGGCUCCCCUGGGUUUCGCGCGUCUGACGUCCAUGCUCGAUCGCGCCAAAUCGGAACCAGCCGGAUCAGCUUUGCAUGAUACAUAAAAGAGCCAGGUUCAUUGUGGCAGGGAACGAUAGCGCCGGCGCGUUGUUGCCGAAAACCCCAGAUCUGGUUUGAGCCAUCCGAUCGACGACGGAGAAGUUUCCGAGACGGCCGUGUCGCGUGGCUAGUGUCUACCGUAUCGCAGGGAUCAGUCUCAAGCACAGGACUGGACCACAGUCCAAGAUGGAGUGUCACCAGCCGAUGCCGACAUCAUAUCUUGCUUCCGCAACAGCGUAGUGAUCCCAAAUACUUGAACACGACUAAGAUGUUGC